GAAAUCUGUUAUCUGUAAAUAGCUUUCAAUAGGCAUAAUUUACAUUAAUUCAUGCUUCUGAUUUAGCAAUUGCCAAUAAUAAGAACAGUGCGACGUAACCGGAGAGGAAUACAGCAAACCGAAAGGUUCACGCCAUCGUACGGCCAGCGUGACAAUACGCGUGUCGCAAACCGGUUGAUAAUAACUAUUUAAAAAAUGUUACAAAGCCUGAAAAUACUAAAAUUUAUAAAAUGUUUCACGGAGUUAGUUUGAAUCAUCUGAUCUAAAUUAUGCGAUUCAAUGAGAAACAAUAGGAAAUUAAAAUGUAAUGGGAACAAAUGAAGAAGCGCAAGACGAGUGUUGAGGUGGAGAGGCAUUCAAUGAAUUUGAUAGGAAAGUGGGAGCGACGGACAGAAGAAAUUUGGGAGCACGACCUUUCCACGGAUAUGCAGAUUGGAGCAUCCACGGAAGGCUACGAGAGAGUCGGGCUAAAUUGCGAAGAGGAUCGAAUGAUCGUUCAGGUUGAAACGUCUAAAGAUUUCUCAGGGGUGAUUUACACUCAGGGUAGUUUCCACUCCAGGCAAUUACCUUGUUUCAUCGAUCCCGACCGCGGUGGCAAUUUUACUCUGACUAUACCAUUCAAUAAAUGUGGAAUAAAAAAGGAGGGCGAUAGAUAUAAAAAUAUUCUAGUUCUCCAGCAUGACGAUGAAUUAAUCAUACCAGGUGACGCAGCAUUCGUUCUUGAAUGUGAAUCUCAACUAAAAUCGAACCAAGUAGAAAGGGAAAUUAAAUCGAGCAUCUCUCUGGUGGACGCUGAUCCCGGCAGAGAUAAAUCGAAAAGGUUCGGAUACGCAGCGAGCUAUACGAAGGAGGUCGUAUUCGCGCCUAAGUCGAUCCUCAGGGUGAACGACGAGUUGUAAAUUAUUCAUUGAAUAAAAAAAAUAAUGAAUUCAAA